GCAGUUUUGAAAUUUAAACCGUUUCAUUGUGGCGACUGAACUGGAUGUCUUGGGUCAGUCAGUGUUCUUUCUGUAAACUAAAUGUUCUUGUAUGGCUCUUGCAUGAGAUAGGGUUGGAUUUAUCGGUUCGCGGAGAAGUCAGCGUUGGAUUCUGGGGCCAUUUGUUCGUAUCUUCAAGAGAGAGAACACCCAAGCUGCUGCCAUGAGUGCUGUACAGUCUGUGCAGUCUGUCCUGAGGAUGUUUGAGGAAAAAACACAAGAUUUCAUCCGUGACAUUGAGAAUGUCCACAUGGUUUGGCUUGAGGAGAUCCAACAAGCGGCCAACGUCAUGUUCUCAAGGGAUUUUAAUUCCGAACCAGAGUUAAUGCCCAAAACACCAUCACAAAAGAAGAAUACUCGCAGGAAACGAGUGUCUGUUGGCCGGUUGGAAGAAGGUCAAGUCAGGCGAAGGCUCUCCAGGGGCAGACGUAGUAAUCUUCGCGGUUCCGCUGUCACCAAACCAUUAGACUUCAUUGUCGAAGAAGCAAUUCCAAAUGGUUCUGGAGCUAAAAGCAGCACCAGCACACGGCCAAAACGCACUACUCGCACCAAAAAACAAACCAAGGUGAAUAUUGCAGAGGAUGAGGGAGCGCUGCCUCAUGUAAGCUGUGUCAGCAUAGAUGAAUGCAAUGAAAAGCCAGAGGUAGUUGAGCUUGAAAGCGUGGAGAGCAAUUGCGAGGUGGACAGGACGAACGUCCAGAUGGAUGUGCCGUGUCAUGCAAUCAAACCUGCAAUUGAUAUACCAACACACAGUGUUGUUGUCAGCAUCUCUACGUCGGAACGUUUAUCGGCUGAGCAAGCCGCCGCACCACAGCCCGAGCCGUCUCCUGGACGUACCGCGGCUAAAAUUGCAAUAGCUGGCAACGGCAGAAACUCCCGGCGGAGCUCUGGGAGGUGUUCUUUCAAGGUGCGUCAAUCCCUGGGCAGCAAGCAUCACAGUAUGAUCCGGGAGUCUCUACGCCGCGCCUCGCGGCAGUCGAUGCAGAAGAAGAAAGCUGCUCGCAAGAGCAACUCAUAUAACAGCAACGUUGACUCUGCUUCUUCCUGUGAGUCCACGGAAGAGAUGGAUGAAGUCGCAUCAGAGGCAGUGAUUGCAAAUCCAGAAGUUGCGAUGAGUAUUGGUUCUGAAGAAUCUCCUGAGACCACCGAGAGUGGGCAGCCAUCGUUGGCACGUGUCACUCGCUCUGUCGCGGCAAACUCCACUAAACUGGCGCCACCUUCACUGUUUACCCCGGAGAGGAACAAUCUGCAACAUAGACCAAUGGUCGUCGAUACACAACAGACUCUGCAGGCUCGUGUAAGGUCAACUAAGACUACCAAGCGAGAAGUAGCAGAAACUACGGCGGAAAGCCCUACAAAGAGGUGCACUCCGCCCAAGAGGAGUCGGAGCGCAGUGAAACCAUCUAUGAAAUCAUUUCUUCACACCGUUCAAAAGAAUCAAUUCCUGAUGAUGACUCCAAAUUCGUUCAACCGGAAUAAUGUAAUCAAGUCCUUCAUUAAACAUACUACUCCUCUGAAGCCUGACCCUAAGAUGAACAUGAAUAUAGUGGCUAAAGAGCUUCAAAGGCUGGAAGCACUUAAAAAGAAGCAGGAACAGGAAGAGGAGCGAAUGAGAAAAAUGGAGGAGGAGAAGAAAAAGAAACAAGAGGAAUUGAAAAGGAAGAGAGAUGAGAGGCUAAGAAAGGUAUAUGAGGCCAAAGUGAAAGAAGAGCUGAGGGAAGAAGAAAAGAAGAAGAAGAUUGAGCAAAAAAUGGCUCACAUCGAUGAGAAAAACGAUAAGCGUCAGGCGGCAGAGAUGGCUAAAAAAAGGAUCGCCAUUAAACGUCAGGAAGAACUUGAGCAGAAACGAAAGCUGGAUGAAGAAAAUAAAAGGAAGAAGAAUCAACAAGCUGAGGAGGAGAAGCGUCACCAGGAGUUUCUGGCUAGGAAGGCCAUGGAGGAGGAAUUAAAAGCUAAAAAGCUGGCAGAAGCUCGCAGAGCUUUGGAGCUCAAGAGGGAGCAGGAGCGUGAGAGAGAGCUGGAGAGAGAACGCAUCGCUGCUGCUGCUGCUGAAAGGGAGAGAAUCGAAAAAGCAAAGGCCCUCGCUCUGCAACAGGAACUGCAGAGAGCAGCUAGAGAGAAGGAAAGACGGGACUUGGAGGAGAAAAGAAAAAAGGAGGAGCAGCAGAGGUUAGCUGCAGAGGAGAAGGCUGCUAAAGACAAAGAGCUCGCUGCUAAACAAGCUGCCAUUGCAAAGAGUGCUGCUGCCCUCAAUGUGACUGUGGAACUUGAGCGUUCUGUUAUGAGGACACCUGCAGCAAAAGGCAGCAGCCUCAACAUUACUGUGGAUAUUGAGAAAUCACCACAGUCGUACUCCAUCACUCCCAUUGGUGGCAACAAAACUUUAACUUUUUCCAACAAUGGAGAAACCUACGGAAUGGACCAAAACAGUGAUGAUUCUACAGACGAUGAAUCUGCGCCAAGAAAGCCCAUUCCAGCUUGGGCUCAAGGGCCCAAGCUACAACAGUUAAUUAUAAAUCAAUACUUCAACCCUCCCGACUUGGACUUUCUCCUUGGACAAAUUGAGCCACCAAAACUGGAGGACUUGUUUUACAAGAUCAAGCCGCGCUACUUCAAACGUACCAGCUCUGCUGUUUGGCACUCACCCCCUAAUGUAAAUAAACACUGAUUUAGUAAAACUGUGCUGCACACAGUUUUUGUUUCUAUUCAAAGUUAUUCUCAAUAAAAAUGUUUUCUUGUUUUAAUGGUCAUUUCUGUUGUAUGUUGCAGGAUGUAUUAAAAAAUUUCAACUAUUGACA